CACCAUGCCGCUGCUGCCGCUGCUCCUGGCCACGCUGGCCUUGCUGGCCACCUCCGCGCACCCCGGGUGCCGGCCUGGCCCCGACCCAGACCCCGCGGGUAAAUGCCAGGCCUCUGCACACAGUGCCACCUGCGUUGACCUGCGUCUCAGGACCUGUGCAGAUGCCGCCUACAACCGGACAGCUUUCCCCACACCACUGGAGCACCGAUCGUGGGAAGUGGUGGAGUCCAGCCCCGAGUACAUGCUGCUGGGUGUGUUGCACUUUCUUUUGGAGGGCCAGUGUAACCCCGACCUGCGGCUGCUGGGUUGCUCUGUGCUGGCUCCCCGGUGUGAGGAUGGCCACACACGUCGGCCCUGUCGACACAUCUGUGAGGGUCUGCGGGAGGCCUGCCAGCCAGCCUUCGACGCCAUUGACAUGGCCUGGCCCUACUUCCUGGACUGUGCCCGCUACUUUGCACCAGAGGAGGAAGGCUGCUACAGCCCUCUGGAACAGCUCCGGGGAGAGCUGGACAUUGAGGAGGCACCACCCUCGGGCCUGCCUCCCACCUUCAUUCGCUUCGCCCACCACUCCUACGUCCAGAUGGUACGGGUGCUGAAGAGGACGGCCUCCCGCUGUCCCCAGGUGGCCAAGACUUACAGCAUUGGGCGUAGCUUUGAUGGCAAGGAUCUGCUGGUCAUCGAGUUCUCGAGCCGCCCGGGCCAGCAUGAGCUUAUGGAGCCUGAGGUGAAGCUCAUUGGCAACAUCCACGGCAAUGAGGUUGCGGGACGGGAGAUGCUCAUCUACCUGGCCCAGUACCUGUGCUCCGAAUACCUGCUGGGCAACCCCCGAAUCCAGCGCCUACUGAACACUACCCGCAUCCACCUGCUGCCUUCCAUGAACCCCGAUGGCUAUGAGGUGGCAUCCGCAGAGGGUGCUGGUUACAAUGGCUGGACGAGCGGGAGACAGAAUGCACAGAACCUGGACCUGAACCGCAACUUCCCAGACCUGACAUCUGAGUACUACCGGCUGGCCUCCAAUCGGGGCGUGCGCACAGACCACAUCCCCAUCUCGCAGUACUACUGGUGGGGUAAGGUGGCCCCCGAGACCAAGGCCAUCAUGAAGUGGAUGCAGAGUAUCCCCUUCGUCCUCUCAGCCAGCCUGCACGGAGGUGACCUGGUAGUGUCCUACCCUUUUGACUUCUCCAAGCACCCCCAAGAGGAGAAGAUGUUUUCUCCUACGCCUGACGAGAAGAUGUUCAAGCUGCUGGCCAGAGCCUAUGCUGAUGUUCAUCCCAUGAUGAUGGACAGGUCGGAGAACAGGUGUGGGGGCAACUUCCUGAAGCGGGGGAGCAUCAUCAACGGGGCAGACUGGUACAGCUUCACUGGAGGCAUGUCUGACUUCAACUACUUGCACACCAACUGCUUUGAGAUCACGGUGGAGCUGGGCUGUGUGAAGUUCCCGCCUGAGGAGGUGCUGUACGGGCUCUGGCAGCACAACAAGGAACCUUUGCUGAACUUCAUGGAGAUGGUCCAUCGGGGCAUCAAGGGCGUGGUGACAGACAAAUAUGGAAAACCAGUCAAGAAUGCACGGAUCCUAGUGAAAGGCAUUCGCCACGACAUCACCACAGCCCCUGAUGGUGACUACUGGAGGCUGCUGCCCCCUGGUUCCCAUAUCGUCAUCGCACAGGCCCCUGGCUACUCCAAGGUCAUGAAGAGAGUCACCAUACCCCUGCGCAUGAAGAGGGCCGGCCGUGUGGACUUCAUCCUCCAGCCUCUGGGGAUGGGACCCAAGAACUUCCUUCCCAAGGAUUUUCUUCCUGGGCUUCCAAGAGCUGUGCCCCAGUCCUGGGAGCCACAGGGAGAGCCCACAGAGCCAGGCCUGGAGCCCCUCAGAGCACGUAGGCAGCCGGCUGGAGGUAGCAAGCCAUGGUGGUGGUCUUAUUUCACAUCACUGAGUCCCCACAAGCCACGCUGGCUUCUCAAAUACUAGCCUCCUUCUCAACCCUGCCUCCACCCCCAGCCCACCUCCACUGCCUGGGCUCCUGGCUCGAUUCUCCUGGCCACAGACAUCACACAAAGCUUCUGCAGCUUAUUAAAGUGCUGUGUUCAUCCACUGUGA